AGUACCCUUAGUUGCCUGAAGGGGGGAAUGGCACUGCCUGCGUGUGCAGUCCGGGCGCUCGGGCAGCCGCUGCAACCGGAGCGAAGAGCGCCCGCCCGCACCACCUGUCCCCGCCGGCAUUCCAGAGUAGAGGCCGAAUUGGCAGAGAGCCGGCCCGGGUCGGUCGCCGCCUCAGUCCGCGCGGGUCCUCCUAGGGGUGUGUCUCACGGAUUCAACUCCCGGCCGCUUCUGGACGAGCCCCUAAAGGCGUCUUCCUCCCUGACGGGAGCUGAGUGCGCCCCGCUCUUCGCGCUGCUGUCCCGAGGCCGCCGCAGGCGGAUGCACGACCUUAGGCGACGCUGGGACCUGGGCUCCCUCUGCCGGGCCCUGCUCACUCGGGGCCUGGCCGCCCUGGGCCACUCGCUGAAGCACGUGCUCAGUGCGAUCUUCUCCAAGAUUUUCGGUCCCCUGGCCAGCGUCGGGAACAUGGAUGAGAAAUCCAACAAGCUGCUGCUGGCUUUGGUGAUGCUCUUCCUAUUUGCCGUGAUCGUCCUCCAGUACGUGUGCCCCGGCACAGAAUGCCAGCUCCUCCGCCUGCAGGCGUUCAGCUCCCCGGUGCCGGACCCGUACCGCUCGGAGGAUGAGAGCUCCGUCAGGUUCAUGCCCCGCUACAAUUUCACCCGUGGCGACCUCCUGCGCAAGGUAGACUUCGACAUCAAGGGCGAUGACCUGAUAGUGUUCCUGCACAUUCAGAAGACCGGGGGCACCACUUUCGGUCGCCACCUGGUGCGCAACAUCCAGCUGGAGCAGCCGUGCGAGUGCCGCGUGGGUCAGAAGAAAUGCACUUGCCACCGGCCGGGUAAGCGGGAGACCUGGCUCUUCUCCAGGUUCUCCACCGGCUGGAGCUGCGGGCUGCACGCCGACUGGACCGAGCUCACCAGCUGCGUGCCCUCUGUGGUGGACGGCAAGCGCGACGCCAGGCUGAGACCGUCCAGCUGCGCUCUCCCUGGGCGAGUGGGUGUCCCUCUGCCGCUGUUUUCAGACACCCAGGGAGAGCUUGUGGCUCCCAGGCUCACGCCUUUCACUACUUGGCUGCACGAAGACAGAGUGGACGAAAGUAUCCCCAUUUAUCAGAUGAGCAUGAAGAGCAAAGAGGCUGAAGGACUUCCCCAAGGUCAUUGA